GGAAUCCCUGGGACACACAAAGGAAAAAAUGCUAUUAUGAUGGAAUGAUGCAUGAAGCUGCUGACAUGACAACAGACGAGGCUGAAAGUCACCAGAAAAAGCCAAGGCAGCAGGAGGAAGCUGGCCAGGACGCCAGACCUCCCACUCCAGAGGACGAGCAGCUCCGACCUCGAAACCGGAACUCUGCUGGCCGCGGCCUCACACGCCUCUUUUCCUCCUUCCUUAAAAGGCGUUCACAGUGUGAGAGCGAGGGUGGAGAGAAGGGGAACAAGGAGGAUGAAGCCAAAGCACCCAUCGCUGACCCUGAGCCUGAACUGAAGACAGAGGGAGAGGUCGCCCUUGACCAGCACUCAGUAAGCAGUGCAGAGGCUCAGGCUACCCAGGUAGAGAAGAAAGAAGCCGAGGUGGACAAAGUUGAAAAGGAAAAGGAGAAACACAUGGACGAGGAAGGGGAGGUUGCCUUGGAGAAAGAAGAGGAGAAGGACAAAGAGAAGGAGGAGAAGGAGAAGGAGAAGGAGGCUGGCCCUGACGAAGACAUUAAGGGAGAAAAAGAAGAAAAGACGACAGAGGAAGAGGCCAAAGCCCCCAGAGUUCCACGCCGACCCAAGACCAUGCAGAUCAAAGUCACACUGCUGGAUGACACUCUGUAUGAGUGUGAGCUGGAGAAACAUGCUAAGGGCCAGGAGCUGUUCAUGAAGGUGUGUGACCACCUCAACUUGCUGGAAAAAGACUACUAUGGCCUGGCCAUCUGGGAAACACCAGCUAUGAAGACUUGGAUGGACCUGAACAAGGACAUUCGCAGGCAGGUACAAGGUGCCAACUAUAAUUUCACUUUCAAUGUAAAAUUCUAUCCACCGGACCCAGCCCAGCUAUCAGAAGACAUAACAAGAUACUACCUUUGUCUCCAACUGCGAAAGGACAUCCUGCAAGGCCGCCUUCCCUGUUCCUUCGUUACUUUAGCUCUGCUGGGCUCCUACGCCUUGCAGUCAGAGCUAGGUGAAUACGACCCCGAGGUGCAUGGCAGUGACUAUGCUAAGGAGAUGAAAAUGGCCCAAGGUCAAACCAAGGAGCUGGAGGACAAAAUGAUGGAACUGCACCACACAUAUAGGUCGAUGAGCCCGGCACAGGCAGAUCUGAUGUUCCUAGAGAAUGCCAAGAAGCUCUCCAUGUAUGGAGUGGACCUGCACCAGGCCAAGGAUCUGGAUGGUGUUGACAUCAUGCUAGGAGUUUGCUCCAGUGGUCUCAUGGUUUACAAAGAUAAACUGAGGAUCAACCGUUUCCCCUGGCCCAAAGUCCUCAAAGUGUCAUACAAACGAAGCAGCUUCUUCAUUAAAAUAAGACCAUCUGAGGUGGAACAUUAUGAGAGCGCAAUUGGCUUCAAGCUUCCCAAUUACAAGGCAGCCAAAAAGCUGUGGAAAGUGUGUGUAGAGCAUCACACCUUCUUCAGGUUGACCUCUUCUGAGAUGGCCACCACCCCUAAGAAGUUCCUGGCGUUAGGCUCGAAGUUUCGGUACAGCGGUCGGACUCAGGCUCAGACCAGACAGGCAAGCUCUUUGAUCGACAGACCGGCUCCUCUCUUCCAGCGCUCCUCCAGCAAGAGGAACUCACGCAGCCUGGAUGGAGCAAUGGCGUCAACACCUGACAACAGGUCUAGUCGUCCUGUCAGCGCCCCUGUAAUGUCACCGGUGUCACCUGGGGAGGCGUCCCCGUCACCACUGCUGCCCACCCUGCUUCAUUCUCACCACCAUGAUGGCUCCACAGCCAGAGGACACCGCUAUGCAGACAGAAAGGCAGAGUUAAAGGCAGAGUGCCUGCCAGCUGACUGCACCAAAAGCCACAGCCCCAGGUCGACUCCGGACAUUAAGACAGUGGGCAGGAGAGAGCGGCGGCACUGCCCCUCUUUGGCCAUCACUAAUGGGGAAAAAGAAAGAAAGAGCCAGCACUCUCUUCAGGACAAAAAGAUGGAGCUGGUGCGAAUGAGGAAGAAGAGAGCUAAGAAACUUGAGGGUGAAACAAUUUAUAUCAGACAUAGUAACUUAAUGUUGGAGCUUAACCCUAAAGGGUUAGCAUGCACCAUUUUCCUUUCUGACUCUCAUGACCUGGAUAAGACCCAGACUGAAAUUAUGCGGCACCAUACUAGCAUCAGUGAGCUAAAGAGGAGUUUCAUGGAAUCUGUACCAGAGCCUCGGCCCAGUGAGUGGGAUAAGCGUCUUUCUACCAACUCACCGUUCCGCACAGCGAGCAUCAACGGUCAGCUGCAACAAGCGUCUCCUGUGCUAAAGACCCAGACAAUCACCAUCUCAGAUGUUACCAAUUCUGUAAGAGGAACUGCGGCCUACAAGGACAUACCCUUAGUUCACACUGAAACCAAGACCAUCACAUACGAGUCAGCUCAGCCAGUGGACAGUCUGGCAGAGAGGGAGUCAGGAGUGCUGCUGAGUGCCCAAACUAUCACUUCUGAGACCAUCAGCACCACCACCACCACCCAGAUCACCAAGACGGUAAAAGGAGGGAUCUCUGAGACCCGCAUUGAAAAGAGAAUUGUCAUCACUGGGGACACUGAAAUUGAUCAUGACAAGGCUUUGGCCCAGGCCAUUAAGGAGGCAAAGGAGCAGCACCCAGAUAUGUCUGUCACCAAAGUGGUUGUGCAUCAGGAGACGGAGAUCACCCCAGAGUAAGACAGACUGAUCCUGUGGAAGCCCUCUCAGCUGCCCCUCUGUUCCUCCCUGCUUGUAUCUCCAUCACACCAUUUUACCUCAGCACACCCGGUCAUCCCCAGCUGCCCCAUCAACAGGAACCACCAGACCUCAUCAGAGUGAUCAAGCUUCAACAAUGAGCAAUGAACUUAACUCCAUGAGUGUGAAGUUUGGCCUGAAGGAGACAAGAGUCACCAGAAAAUUCCCAAGAACCCUACCAGUAUUCCCCACAAUCCCCCUCUUGUUCCAUUUACUGCCAAAAGAGCAACUGCUGGAGAUGUGAAUGAAAAAAAGAAUCUUUUUAAAGAGGAAAAAGAAAAUAAAGUACAGCAUUUGUGGAUUUCUUCCUCUCCAAUUUGUCUGGAGAUUUUAAGAAAAGAAAAAAAAUCUAGGGCAUUUGGUCUUUUAAUCUUGAUAUUACUGGUACUUUAUUUUUCUACAGCUUUUCUUACCAUCAGAAUUGGUUAUCAGUAAUUUGAAAGUCGAGUAUUUUUUAACGAUGUAUUCCAAGCAGCUUUGACAAAGGGAUUGUGGGUGAUGUUUCUUGGGAUUGUACACUUUGGGACUCAAAGGAUCCCUCUCAAAUUUUAGUGCAGGUUUGGUGUCAUUUCUUGUACAGCAUAUAUUUUAUUUUCCCUCUCAAUGUGAAAAAAGUAUUUUUUCAAUUUGUGUAUAGAAAAAAAAAGAUUGAUUUUAUCAAACUAGUGUGUGGGAACUGAUCCUUUUAUCUUAAAAAGUAAAAGUUCUGGCUUAAUCAUUUAUUCGGUGACAUCUUUUGAUUGAUUAGUCGUGCUUGUGUCACUAAAACAGGGCUUUAUUAGGACCACAGAAAUAGCAGUGUACUGAGAUGACCUUUAUUUAUUUCCACUUCUGUCUUUUUUUUGUGUUUUGUGUUUUAGAUAUACUCAAGUAUGUGAUUUUAUAUUAACAUUCCACUCAUCAGAUACAGUUUUACUCAUUUCUACUGAGCACAUCAGCAGCUACAGUGUUCUAUAUGUUUCUACUUUUUUCCAAAUGGGCAGUGUGUACUCAUCUGGGGAAAUGAAGUGAUUUUAAGCAAUGCGUCGACAUUUACAGUCUAUUAAAUAUUGAAGCUGUUGAAGAGAAUAGCUGUUGCAUUAAUCUGCAAAAUCUUUGAAUUUCAUUGUCUCACUUCAAUUUUUAUUGCAAUUAUUUAGGGCAGUGAUCCAAGUAUUGCAUUACAUUAACAUUAAAGGAGUAUAAAAAGAAAUACACCAGUUUCAGUGAGCGUGAACCUGAGGAAAGAAUACCAGAUUAUCUGGUGGGUCAAGAUCGGCAGCAGUUUUAUUGCUUGCUGUAAAGAAACCAACAGUUGUCAUUAGUGUUAAUAUGAUAUAUAAUAUGAUAUAUUUGACACUUGGUCAAAAUGCUGUUUAAUAAACGGCAAUAAUUUUCUGUUAAAUUUCACAAAAUAGCAAUAUAUUUAAAAACAAAAAUCUGCCAAUAACACUGAACUAAAGCAUCAGAUAACACUGGUAACUAAAGGGGGCUUUUGGGGAGAACAUCCUUCACCGAGGCCAAAACCCCAUCCCAAAGUUUUAUCAGAGGUGAUCGAGGUCCACGGCAAAAUUUAACAUCUCCCACAAAAUUUCUUGAAAUUCAGCUUUGUAGUUUUUGGAUAAGAUUGCUAACAGACAAACAGAUAGUGGUACAAACAUACCUCCAUCACUGCCACCAGAUUUACACUAAUCAAACAAUACUUCAAGUGGUAUUUGCUGCUUGUUACCUACAACUCAGGCUUAGUGUAAUGGAAGUUACCUGUGGAAGUCACAUCAUGUUCUAGUGACGAUUUACUUUUUUAAUUUGCCUGUAAUGACCUGUCCUAGCAUUCAAACAUUAAACUGGUGCAAGCUGAUUCUGUACUAUUGAACUCUAGUGAGUAAUAUACACGUACUGCAUCAUUUCAAGGUCCGUGAAAUGAUGACGCAGGUUGUAAAAGAUAUGAAUACUAUUCACAGGUUUCAUUCACAGGUGGGGCUGAAGUGGUAAAAUAAACCAUAAGCUACAGCUGCAGGAUCAUGGAGGAACUUAGCCGUGAUAAUGGAAGGUUGAGUUAAUCUAUUAGCUCAAGAGACAGUUUUGAAUAAAAUGUUCAUUGAUGGUAAAUUUUGUGUUUCUCAGCUGAAACUGAAUCUAUCUGGGGGGAAAAAAACAGCAUAAGACAGUUGAUUACAAUAUUGUAUAGUGUUGGUCUAUGUAUUCAUCAUCUACACUGUCAUCUAUUGUAUGUUUCAACUCAGAUAACUUUGAAUUGGCCCUUGGAGAUUAAUAAAGAGCACAAGCACUAGUUCAACAAAAUCACACACUAAAAAAUAAAUAAAUGAAUAGUUUAAAUACUGUAGUACAAUGUAAUUGUAAUUUAACUGCAAUUGAUUGCUGAUAAGUCUUAACAAAAGUUACACUAGAAUGCUACAGUGUCAGAGCUUUUAGUCAGAAGUUUCUCUGUUAGCUGAAGCCCGAGUUUAUCCAAGUCUGUAGUCUCCUUCAGAUUCUUAUGUUCUGCAUGUUCCUCGCAUCCUUUCAUUCACUCUAAAAUUAAAAAAAAAAGGGUCAACUCUGUUCAUAAUGUUGCAGUAGUUUUUAGACUAUCAGCUUAUUGUCAUAAUCCUUUAGCCGCACAUAAGGGCUGAUAGCUAUUAACUUAUUUAGGGAUUUAUCGUUUAACAGGUACUUAUUUUUAUCUUUUGUUGUCUCCAGUUCAUCAGCUUUGAAACUUUAAGACAGAUAACCUGCUUUUCUGUAACAUUAAGUUGAUCAUCCGCACUGUAAUAAGCACUAUGAAAGCUGAGUACUGCCAGAUUUCUAAAGGAGGGGCGAAUAUAGAGCAGGUGCAAGUAUUACAAGAUCUAAAGAGAAAAAGAGCAAAAAAAAAAGUUCAGAAAUAAGUUCAAGCUAAUACUGACAGUUUUUUUUUUCUGCUAGAAUAUUUGUAGACAGCAGUAAAAUUGUAGUAUUUUUUCAGCAUAUACUUUUUGGAAGACAAAGUCAGCCUCUUUUGUACACACUGCCCAUUCAAAUUGGAAACACUUUGAAGUCAUAAUGGUGCAUACACUGCCACUCAAAAAGUUUGGGGUCACUUAGGAAUGUUCUUGUUUUUGAUAGAGAAACACGUUUGUUUAUAUCUAAUGUGAAAUUGAUCAGAAAUUACAAUAAAUGAUUAACUAGA